AUGACCAACGAAGAGCUGGUGGAAUUCGCGUGGGGCCUGGCCAACAGCGGCCACGACUUCCUGUGGAUCAUCCGGCCGGACCUCGUCAACGGCGACGCCGCCGUGCUGCCGCCGGAGUUCCUGGAGGCCAUCAAGGGCCGCGGCCACCUGGCGAGCUGGUGCCCGCAGGAGGUGGUGCUGAGGCACGAGGCGGUGGGCGUGUUCCUGACACACUCCGGGUGGAACUCGACCAUGGAGAGCCUGUGCGCCGGAGUGCCCAUGCUGUGCUGGCCCUUCUUCGCGGAGCAGCAGACCAACUGCCGGUACAAGUGCGUGGAGUGGGGCGUGGCCAUGGAGAUCGGCCACGACGUCCGGCGUGAGGUGGUGGAGGAGAAGAUCCGCGAGGUGAUGGGUGGGGAGAAGGGAAAGGAGAUGCACCGCCGUGCGGUGGAGUGGCAGGAGACUGGUCUCCGCGCGACGUGGCCCGGAGGGCGCUCAUACGCCAACCUCCACAAGCUGGUCGCCGACGUGCUCCUCUCGGGUGGCGGCAACAAGAGUUCUUAA